GGCGCAAACAACCCUGCUUUCUCUUAGGCUGCAAUCCUGUAGCCACAAAUCAACCAGAGAGUAAGUCCCAUUGGACUUACAUCUGAAUAAACGUGCAUCAGAUCCCAGUAUUAGGCUGUAGUCCCAUACCUCGGGGAUGGGGAAACUAGCCUUUUCCUGUAACUCCUAUCAGCCCCACCACGCAUGGCUAAAUGGUUAGGGGUGAUGGGAGCUGGGAGCCCAACAUCUGGAGGCCCAAAGAUUCCUCUUCCUUGCUAUGGGCAUUUACCUGAAAAUUAUAAUUGUAGGCAGUUGAAGACAAUGGAUGCAACCCAUAAUUCAGAAUCAGCUUGUUACUGCUACAUUCCACAUGGAGUGAUACACUUAAAAAAUAUUUGGUCAACUAUUCAGGUGAAAAUAAACAGCACUGAAAUGUUCAAGGUGAUGUCCAUCCCAGAGGAACAUAACUGUCAAAACUAUGAACAUCUGUUUGCCUUUUUAAAGUGCCUGAUUAACAGUAUUUGGCAAUCAGAUGUGUCUAAUGAAACCAUCAUAUCAGUGGGCCAGUAUGGAGACAAAACCUGUUUCAGGGUCCAACCCAGGAACAAUGUACUCUACACUGUAACUGCACACCAAAACAUUUGGACUUCUCCCAUUUUUUUUUGUUUUGUUCUAGUAUUGGAUCGGAAACGCUUUCUGUUGUUUGUUGCUGGGGGCCUUCUCUUUCAUUUCGCACAUAAUCUGAGUAGAAGUACUGUGUUCUAUUAUUCUGCUGGAGUCACAUUUGGUGUCCUUGCCACUCUAGUCUUUCUCCUUUUGAUGCUUAAAAGAUUUAUUCCCAAGUUAAGCACCUUCUGGAUUUUAAUGAGUGGCUUCUGGUUCUCUUCUCUCUACUUUUUUUACACUUUGAAAGAGGAUUUGAAAUGGCUAUGGCAUAACUAUACACACUACAUACUGGGGUAUUGCCUAAUAGUUGGAUUUGUCAGUUUUGCUAUUUGUUACAAACACGGACCACUCAACAGUGAACAAAGUAUGAAUCUCUUGAUGUGGAUGCUACAAGUUACAGGCUUGGUCUUCAUUUAUAUUGGCAUUGCCAUCCCAGAGGUUGCAUAUGCAGUAAUAGUUGCCAUGGUCUGUUCAAAAAUCUUGCAUUAUCCUCUUAGAGUAUUCUGCUAUGUUGGCAGAAAAGCCAAUCAGCUCUUCAAAUCAGAAAAGAUAGAGAUUCGUUACCUGACUGAAGAUGAGUAUCGGGAGCAGAGUGAGACUGAAACCGUCAAAGCCUUGGAAGAGCUACGUACCUUUUGCAGAAGCCCCAAUUUCCCCUCGUGGAUAGCAGUGGUGAAGCUGCAGUCCCCCCAAAAAUUUGCAAACUUUGUUCUAGGUCUUCCUCAUGUGUCGCCUGAAGAAACAACUGCCCAUGAGGAACAGUAUGGCAUUGGAGGGGCCCUCUUAGAACAGCAGCUUUUUAAUCUAGAGAGCGAGGCAGAAUCAGACCACCAAACCAUCCCCUUUCAAGAGGAGGAGAACAGCGAAGAGGAGGAACAUAGGCAGCAACAAAACACGGUGCACUUUCACAGCAGAGAAUUGUUUUGAGGCACUGUGUCAGGAGGUGGGGCAAAUUGCACAGCAGUUUUGCAAAUGAAAGAUACGUAGAACAGUGUUGGAAGAUUCUGCUUUCUGAACUGUAGGGGGCAGCCAAGAUUUUCUGAAGGAUUCACUUCUGCUAUUUCAUUGGUUUCCAGUCUCUUUACCUGUUAAGGUUGCAGAGAUUUAUUGGAGAACACACACACUCCCCAAAGGUGAUGGGUUUAACCAGCUGUUCUACAAAGUGAAGAUUUUUAUAUUGAACACGCGGCUUGCAAGGCAAACUCUUCUCCAGAGAGGGCCUCCACUGACAAAAGAGGACCACUUUUGCAUGGACUUUCUUUUGCUUAAUUGUCAAGACUGGACUUUGGGCGAUUGAGCAAGAGAUUAAAGCCGUUUGUGUAAACCAUUUUAAACUAACCCUUCCUUCCUAAAGGCAAAGAGAAACCGAAGUUGUUGCCUUUGAUUUUAACAUAGCGUGCGUGGAGUUGCUAUUUAAGAGGGAGUUGUAGCUCCGUAGCCUCCUGCAAUUCUCACCUUCCCUCUAUCGUUAUCAUAGCCUGAGUGUUUGGAAAUUGAUAUGUAUGUUGUGGUAGGACAGUGGCAUUUUUCACUACUGGUGGGGAGAUCCAUAGCAUCUUCUGGCCCUAUAUCCAUGCAGCUGCAUGGACACAGGCUUACCUUCCCAACAGUCUGCUGAAUGCUUAGAUGUCUAGGGCAGGUCUGGGGAGUGCAUGCAUGGAGGGGUAGGCCAGUAGGUACAGUCUUGCUCCUCCCUCCACAUAUACACGGUGGUGUAACAGGUGCACACUAAGUCUCUGCUUUGUCAUUUGUAUUGAAUGUUUUUUUUAAAAUAAAAUGAGCCUGUGUGCAUAUA